AGCCUGAUUUUCCACAGGUCAAGCUGGGGGUGCUGGCACCAUUUCCUUUUCUCUUGUUCCAGGCUGCUGGCAGCACUGUGUGGUUUCUACGUAUCGAGGCCAGACGUACCCUAUUACCGAAGUCGCCAAGACGACUCAGUACCAAAGGUGGCCCAACACGGCUGGCUUGGCGUCCUGUUCCAAGCGUUAGCGCAGGGAAGAGGGCCAGAUGUCGUCUGUGAUUGCCCCUACAACUGGCUUGGGCGGCCGCGGCACCGUGAGUCACAAGAGUGCAGAUGUGAGCUCCCACCGCUCCAAGAGGAUGGCCCUGCUAGCGCUGCUGGCGCCGGCGUGGAACCUCGAGCCCGAGGACUAUGAGGCCUCCCGCAGGGAGCGAAAGGGCCCGCCCGAGGACGUGGGCACCGACCUCUGCAGCACGGCGACUGGCGACGACGACCGGGACAUCGGCCUCCCAAACUCGCGCGGAUCCUCGCGAUCCUUGGCCGACGAGAGCGAUGCGUCUUCCGCGCGCACGCGCAUCCAGGCUCACGCAAGAGAUGGCGAUGCAGCGGAGAGGUCGGCGUUGGCCACCCCCGCCGCGAUGUCCAUCGAGGAGGAGGCCGGCCCGGUGCUCGAGAGCUGUCCGCCUGCGGACCGCGGGGACCGUGCCACCGUGCUGGCCGCCGUGUCGAAGCGCGGCGCAGACCUCCAGUUUGCAUCCGAUGAGCUUCGCGCCGACCGCGAGGUGGUGGCCACGGCAGUGGGCCAGGACAGCUGGGCGCUGGAGUUUGCCCUCGGAGAGGCGCGAUGGGACCGCGACAUCGCCAUGAGCGCUGUCCGCGGUCAUGGAGGCACUCUGGAGUUCGUCGAUCAGUGCUUCCAGCGGGACCAGGGCGUCGUGCUGGAGGCGGUCUGCCACAAGGGGUGGGCGCUCAAGUGGGCGAGCGAGGAGCUGCGCAGCGACAGGGAGGUGGUGCUCGCGGCGAUCGGGCAGGACUAUCACGCCAUGGAGUGGGUCGGGGAGGCGCUUCGAUCGGACGCCGAGAUCGUCGCGGCCGCCCUGUGGUGCUUCGGGGAGAGGUGCCGCGAGUGCAGCUCCGAGCCGCUGUGGGCCGAGGGCUGGCUGACGACCGACUUCACGGUGGCGAAGGCACGCGAGCUGGCGUGGCGGUGGGUCACCACCGUCGAGUCGCGCUACUUCAAGAGGGCUCUCGAUGCCAUCUUCCCAGCCAAGGAGGAGGAGUGGGUGUCCGAGGAGGACAUUGCGGGCCGCCUGGGCCUGCUGCACCUGGCCUGCUUCCCCUCCAGCGCCGAGCCUGGGUCGGCGCCGGCGUGGUUCGCCGCAGUCCAGGAGGCCCUGUGGUCCGAGCAGUCCGUGUGGAACGACAUCGAGGUGAUGGGCCUCCUGAACCGUUUCGAGGCCAGCCUGGGCCUCCCAGACAACCACGUGCUGCUGCUCGACGAAGCGGUGAGGCACGGGUCCAAGUUCCCCGAGUGCGAGGUCCCGAUACCCCUGUACUUGAAGCGGAAGGGCAAGUGGGAGAAGGUUGACUGCGACAGCGCGUACCCACAGGACGGCGAGGCGCUCGUCGUUCCUCCGAACAGCCCAGACGGCCCCGCGCCCAUCAUUCUGUACUUGCUAGGCGCGGGCAAGUUCAACAGUCGGGAGACCUUCCUUAGUGGAGAGCUGACUGUUCUGUGGGAGAACGUGGCUCUCCGGGAGAAUUACUAUAUGGUUAUUCCCAAGCCUGACAUUCGCACCGGGCUCAUAUAUUACCUCGGCCAGGGCUACAAGAAGGAGUGGUCCGAGGAUGCGGUUUGGUGCCUGUUCACCGAGAUCAUCCGGCGGCUUGGCCCAGACAAGGUAGACCCCUCCCGCCUUUACGUCAGCGGCGCGUCGCAGGGCGCGGUGGCCGCGUGGGGGCUGGCGGUGAAGUACGGCAGCAUGAUCGCGGCGUGCCAGCCCAUGGGCGGGAGGUGCGAAUGGCCUGGCAACUCGUGGCCAAAGCACUCGUCGUCUCCGACGGAGGAGGCCAUGGAGAACCUCAAGAGCUGCCCGCUCCGCUGCUCGCACUGCAGCACGGACUCGUACGCCCCUCCGCCCAAGCACGACAUGGAGUCCAUCACGCACUACGCGGCGGAGGA